AUGAUUGAUUGCGGCUCGUCCCCACGCCGCACCAUACCGUACGCAAGCACCUCAUCACACCGUACGGAGUACGCCAGCACCCCAUCACGCCGAACGCCUGCACCCCAUCGCGCCGUACGCCAGCACCCCAUCACGCCGUACGCCAGCACCCCAUCACACCGUACUUGUGCCAGCACCCCAUCAUACCGUACGCAAGCACCCCCAUCGUACUGUGCGCAAGUACCCCCCAUCGUACCGUACGCAAGCACCCCCAUCGCACCGUACGCAAGCACCCCCCCCCUCCCAUCAUACCGUGCGCACCCCAUCCUGCCGUACAGCACCGCCCAAGGAGGCACCGUACGGCACCGUACGGCACCGUGCCAUGCCAUGCCAUACUGUACCAUGCCAUACUGUACCGUACCGUGCCAUACUGUACCGUACCGUGCCAUGCCAUCCAUGCCAUGCCGUACCUACCAAACCGUGCCAUGCCUACCUGCUGUCGCCGCAUCCUCCUCCUGUCUCAUCCCAUCGUCGUGCCCCAACCUCCGCUGCCUCGUCGGCGCCCACGUCCAACGCUACCUGCCGGUGAUUGAUGGUGCAUCGUCCUGUUUGAUCCUUGACCUUCAUGCAGUGGCCCCCCUCGCCGUCCGGCGCUGCGCUGUACCAUUCGCCCGCCUCGCCGUCGUCCUUGCCCUCUUCCGUCGUCACAUCGCCCGCCGCUGGCCCGGUCGGACUGGCCUGGCCUGGGCUGGCCUGGACGCUCGACCGCUCGACCGCUCGACCCUCGUCGGACCCUCGCUGGAGCCUCCCUCGUCGGGCUCGACUGCGCCGAGCUGCCCUGGACCGCACUGGACUGCGCCGGACCGCGCUGGACCGACUGCGCUGCGCUGCCUGUCCGUGACCGACGUCGCCGUGAGCCCCGUCGGAUCGUCACUUGUCCGUCCUCCAUCCACCACCUGGCCCUCCACCCCGCCGCUCCUCUUUUGCCUGCCGAGGAGCGCCUUCACCACUCGUCUCCCUCGCCGUCGUCUCCCUCACCGUCGAUUUCUCUUCUCCUCGUCAUCUGUUCCGUUCCUGCCGUUCCUGCCGUCCCUGCACUCGUUGCUCUCGGCUCCCUUGGCGCCUGCCCGUCGCCGCCGUCUUCUUGGCCGAGGCAAGAGCGCCCCCCGGACAUGUGUUGGUCCUUGCCGUGAAUCGACCGCUCGACGACGAUCCGAUCCGAACCGAUCCAACCCACCGCCCUCGUCCCUCGCCGCUACACGUUGCCGCCGCCGCCGCCGACAAGCAGUCUCGUCUGCCUCGCCUCCACGCACUCGCCUUGGACGACGAUCGAAUCCGAGUUGCAGCCACGGCUCUGGUUGGAUUUCCCUCCUUCGCUCCUCUCCUCUCCUCCCCCCUCCACUUCUCUCCUCUCCUCUCCUCUCCUCUCCUCUCCUCUCCUCUCCUCUCCUCUCCUCUCCUCUCCUCUCCUCUCCUCUCCUCUCCUCUCCUCUCCUCUCCUCUCCUCUCCUCUCCUCUCCUCUCCUCUCAUCUCCUCACCUCGCCUCGCCUCGCCUCUCCUCUCCGCUCCUCUCCGUUCCUCUCCGUUUCUCCGAACCUUGA